CACCAUGGAAACCGCUGCUAUGGCUACCACGACUGACACACACUAGCUUUAGCUUAGGUCAGCGUGGAUGAAAAGUCUCAGGGGAGUCGAAAAGUUUUCCUUUUUAUUUUAAGAGUAAAGUGGAGCGAAAUUGACAUAUUAAGAAGUGUUAUUAUUAUUAUUUUACAUAUUAGAGGUGUAUAAUGUCUGUGAACACAGCGCGCGAGCUUCCGUUCCUACCAGGAAACACAUUCCGGGACAUAACGAAGUCGGCCUUCCACAGAGCGCAGACUUUAUCCUAUAAGAACGGAUACGCGCUACCCAUCAGGCCCACGGUGGGGAUCGGACGGCAGCCUUUAUCCUCAGAAAACCUUCUCCAAGACCAGAUGAACCAGCUCUCCAUCCAAACAGCCGUCAUCUCAGACGAGACGUUCACGCGCACUCGUCCGAGCGACUUCGUCCCGGCCCACGUCGCCUACGACAAGAAGGUUCUGCGUUUCUAUGGCUACUUCCAGCAGGAGGUGCUGGACUCGCCGGAGGAGAGCUGGCGCGUGCGUCCCGUCGUGUUUUAUUACCACCUGGAGGACGACAGCAUUUGCGUGAUGGAGCCCGGGGUGAAAAACUCGGGAAUGCCGCAGGGGAAACUGGUCAAACGCCAGCGGCUUCCCAAGAACGAGCGUGGAGAACACUACCACUGGAAAGACCUGAACCUCGCUGUGGACCUGUGCGUGUACGGCACCGUGUACAGGAUCACACACUGCGACGCCUUCACACAGGAGUUCAUGGAGAGUCAGGGGAUAGUCCUGAACGACCCUGAACCGACCCCCAGCGACACCUACACGACCCACCGAGCUCAGCCCGAGCACAAUUUCAUUACACCGUCAGAAUACGACCACCUCAAACAGUUCCUCACUAUGGACCGCAAGGUGCUGCGCUUCUUUGCUCUGAUGGAUGACUCGGACUCUCUGCAUGUUGAGAAGAGGCCUGUAACCAUACAGUAUUAUCUGGUGGAUGAUUCUGUGGAGAUCCGCGAGGUCCGAGAGCCCAACAGCGGCAGAGACACGUUUCCCCUGCUGCUGCGGAGACUGAGGAUUCACAAAGACAUCAAACCGGCCUGCCAGCCGUUCCCUAGCUGUGUUCUCGAAGUGUCUCCACAUGACGUCGAGGAGUAUUACUCUCCGACGGACUUCCGGGUCGGAGAGAAGCUGAGGCUUAUGGGAAAGGACUUCUUGCUGUACGAUUGCGACGAGUUCACCCGGAAGUACUACGAGCAGCAUCACCCCGACAUCCCGCUCAAGCCCCUCCCACUGGAGAAAAGGCCCGGGCAAGUGUGCAAGAAGGUGAUCCCACCGUACAAUGGCUUCGGGUCGCUUGAGGAUUCUCUCCAAAACUGUCUGACUCUGAUUCCUCAGCCGCCCAAGAAAGACCUGAUAAAACUCCUGGAAAAUGACCAAAAAGUGCUGCGCUAUGCUGCCAGGCUGGACUCCCAGAACCCUCACGACGAAGGCCGUCGCUUCAUCAUCUUCUACUACCUUUCUGACGACAUGAUCAGGAUCUAUGAGGUGCCCACGCGCAACUCGGGCAUCAUCGAAGGAUUAUUCCUGGAGAAGACGCGCAUUCCCAAACCAGGAAGCAGGGUGGACAACCCGGAGUACUACGGACCGGCCGAUUUUGCCAUAGGAGCCACGGUGGAGGUGUUUAAACGGCGGUUCGUUCUGACGGACGCCGACCAGUACGUACUCGAUCACCUGGAAUCGGUGGCGGAACAGGAGCGGAUCCCGGAGCAGACCCUCUCCUCGCUCCGGCGAGCUCUAGGGAAGAACGAAGCCUCGAACCCGAACCCACCCUCAGAUAUGGAGCUUACGCACACAUCCUGAAGACUACAGUAUGGACACAUCUUUGACUUUUUCCUCUUCUUCCUCCAGUUUUAAUAGACGUUCCUGCGUUCUAAACGUUUCCAAAACGUUCUGAUAAAACGACCUUCCGGUAGUUCGCAUUUUCCUACCUGUGUGUGUGAACCAAAUAAAACGUAAUCUUCCUGAGAUUCAUUAUUAAACGACAACACCUCGGUGA